GCUGCUGAAACGAUGACGUAGCGCACGUCAUGUAAAGUUAGGUUGCAUCUCUCCCUGCCAUCUUUGUGCUAGCUGCUACUGCUAACAAGUUGAGCGAGGGGGUCUUCUGGUGGUGGAGGCGCAGAGACGUGUAGGAUACAGUGAGGCACAUCGAAGGGAUCGAACCCUCCCUGGAUAAUUAGGGGAAAUCGUCUUCGCAGCCAAGCGAUACCUGAAGGCUACACAAUGUCAGAUUUUGACAGCAACCCUUUCGCAGACCCAGACUUCAGCAACCCCUUCCAGGAUCCCUCCGUGACACAGGUGACCCGCUCUGCCCCACCUGGUGGCCUAGAGGAAUACAACCCCUUCACGGAUGGCAGACCGGCAGCUCCAGGAAGUGCUCCCAGCGCCGCACCGGCCCCCGCUCAGAACACCCAGCCGGCUAUCAUGAAGCCCACAGAGGAGCCCCCAGCCUACUCACAGCACCAGACCCAGCUGCGCAAUCAGGACCAGGUUUGGGCCCAGGCAGAACUGUUGAGGAGACAGGAGGAGCUGGAGAAGAAGGCAGCAGAGCUCGAUCGCCGGGAGAGAGAGCUCCAGUCCCAUGGUGGGGUGGGAGGACGUAAGAACAACUGGCCACCGCUGCCGGAGAAGUUCCCGGUUGGGCCAUGUUUCUACCAUGACAUCGCCGUGGACAUCCCUGUAGAGUUCCAGAAGACGGUCAAAAUCAUGUACAACCUCUGGAUGUUCCACGCAGGGACGCUGUUUGUGAACAUGUUUGGCUGUCUUUUCUGGUUCUUCGUGGACGCGUCGCGCGGCGUGGACUUCGGCCUGGCCAUGUUAUGGUUCCUGCUCUUCACUCCCUGCUCCUUCGUCUGCUGGUACAGACCGCUCUAUGGGGCUUUCAGGAGUGACAGUUCCUUCCGCUUCUUCGUCUUCUUCUUUGUGUACAUCUGUCAGUUUGGUGUUCACGUGCUACAGUCUAUUGGCAUCCGAAGCUGGGGAACAUGUGGCUGGAUAGCGGCUCUGACAGGUCUGAACACCAGUAUCCCAGUGGGCAUCAUCAUGCUGCUCAUCGCCGCCCUGUUCACCGCCCUGUCAGUGGGCUCCCUCAUCAUGUUCAAGAAGGUGCAUGCGCUGUAUCGCACCACCGGCGCCAGCUUCGAAAAAGCCCAGCAGGAAUUCGCCACCGGGGUCAUGUCAAACAAAACCGUCCAGACCGCUGCUGCCAACGCUGCCGCCAAUGCUGCUAGCAACGCUGCCCGCGGCGCCUUCAAAGCCACUCCUUGAACACUAACACUAACACAUGUACGCAUCCGCACACACUCUAUAACUAACAUUAACACAUAUACACACAGACACACAAACACACAUGCAAAUACACUCUUUAAAGCUGAAGAUGCACAACCCUGGUCCCGUAUAUGUCCCGAACAUCCAAACCGUUGCUCUUAUGCUGAAGAGCAAAGUCCUUGCCUCAAACUAUCCCUAGCCAAGCUAGUGAGCUAAACCACUUUUUCCCGUGUCAAAUCAUGAGUUCAGAGCCAGGGCGGUCCACCUUCACCUAGAACCAAUUAGCACUCCCCCUUUCCCCUGGUGUCUGGGAUGAAUGCUGACUUACUCCUAAUCGUCCGCUCGGGGAACCCUCUGCUUCUCCUGACUGUGCAUGGAUUUUGUAAGCGUUUGACUCUACUGUACUCGCACGGUUGAGUCCACCUCUAAGAUGUACGAGCAGCCGAUGUCAACAUGUAUGUGUGUGUUUCAUUGUCAUGAUAACGUCCCGGGCUUCUUCGACGGACCAAUGAAGACGGGUCAUCUAACGGUGUAUGUUUUGUUUUGUCUUGCUCAUGUACUGUGUGUGUGGGUGUGUGAGUGAGCCUGCGCGUGGACGUGUAUUUGGCUUUUUUUUAAAAGAGGAAAUGGUGGAACUGAAUGAGUUUUAUGAGUAUCCAGUUGAUCGUUGUGAUGUUAAAGAUAACGUUUAUCUUGUGUUUUGAGUGUUUCUGCCACACUUGAGGAAAUUCGGACAAAAGUCACUGCUCCGAAACCAAUUCCGAUAUUCAGUAUCCGCAUUGUUACAGUUAAUGGAGCAGUAGCCUUUUCACCUUCAGUUUAAUCCUGGGAAUGAUCAAAUAGGCCGGAUUGCUUAAAGGCACGACAAUGACAAACGCAUGGUUGGCAAACUAAAGUUGACGACAUCAAUUGGUUUUGCCACAUUUUAAGGAUAAACCACCACAUCGAGUCUUUCAGGCUGCUUGCUGCUCUUUUAGUUCCCUUCUUUUCCGCACAAAGUGAGGUCGGAGGUCAUUGCGUUUAGCUAACUUGCUGCUAGGUUAGGUCUAUGUUGUGUUUUGUGCUCUGUAAUGUUAAAAUAGGAAACCAGCACUACAACAACACUACACAUAUUUAGCCCUUUCUCGAGUGUGUCUCUCUUUCUAGCUUUCUUUUUGAUUUGUGGAGCGCAACGCCAUCGGUUAGAAUUUGCUGCUGCCAUGAAUCCUGACUUCAGUUGUAAUAGGUUGUGGCUUAUACUGUUUAUCUUCUGUUGAAGGAAUGGGCACAUCUCUGGACCGCUUGAGUGAAAUGCAUAUCUUCCAGCGAGAUAAUCAUGUAAACAAGAUCCUUUUGUCGAAAAGCAAACAUGUCAAAAUAACAUUUGAACACAAAGGACCAUUUCCCUCCCCCCUUCCUUUAUGUUCUGGUCUGUUUUACAGCCAAAUAUAAGUACAAUUUAUAAACGAUGGACAGUACACAGGAAAAAACAUUACUGAGGUACAUUUCAUUGUACAGUAACACUGUAUAGACUACUGCUAGUGUCUCUGGAAAAAACGGUCAUGAGGAUUGCAUUUGUACAGAGCUUCAGCUAAUGUGGCGGUGAGUGUUUGAAGUUGUGCAUGGAAAAUGGCUGAUGGAUGUCACAGCUGUUAUUAUUUAUGUAUAAAUCAAACAAUAUAUUAUAGCGAGCAAGUGAGUGUGGGCUUAGCCAAGUCAAAGAUCAAAAAGCUGUUACAAAUCAGAAAAUGGCUAUUGGCACUAUGUCUUGCCUUGAAGUAUUUCCUGAAAAACUGUCAUCGUGCAUUUCUUUAUGCAGUAUGUUUGUGAAAUCGCCAUGGUUUAACCAUUUAUUUUGUUAAUUUUAUUUUCCUUCAGAUGUAAUUUAUUUAAAUGUCAUGUAUGUGUGUGUGUAUUUUAUUUAAAUGUGUUAGGUUAUGUAUUAUUGACGUCAUAGCAUUAACUAGCAGUGUUCCAUGACUUGACCACCGAGGAUGUAAGUAAACGUUUGUUUAACUGGAUGGCUUGUUUCAAAGUGUUUAAAUGCAAGUUGUUUUUCCUUCACUAAAAAAAUAUAAUGUGCUGCGUCCUAAAAAGC